AUGGUUUCUGAUGUAUACAAAGUAAGAAUCCACAAAAACAACCAUGCUUCUAGUGAGCAUGAAUAUGAGGAGUUCGCUCUCAAAAUUCUGAAAUCAGACGAUGCGACAGAUUUCGAAUUCGAGCAGGAACUGUACGCCUUGAAGAAAGUUUCAUUUGAGCCACAUAUUCUUGAGCCACGCACUGCUUUUAAACAUGGAGACAGACCAUGUCUUCUCUUCAAAUGGGCCCAGGAAGGUAGCUCUUCUGAGCUCAUGAAGACGAACCCCUACUAG